GUAGCAGAGGGGUCACGUUUGUAGCACACGCGGAUAUCAACACCAACCAACCACUUCACAUACGAGCUCAAAACCCAAAGAUAUUCAAUCUACUAUUGUGUGGAAAAACAAAAACAUCAAAUCCUCAGGAACAGUAAAUACGACAAGGUGACAUGGCGAAGAAUAAACAGAAGGGGAAGAAACAGAAGAACGUCUUUCAAGUGGCAAACAAGCACUUGAAGCACAAGAACAAAGCCAAACCUGUCACAACAACACUCAAACACAUCAAUGCGGUGAAAAAUGAGAAGGUGGAGAACCUCAAUCAAAUCUUCACAGAGGUCCAGAGGGAUUGUAAGAGCGUUUCAAAGUCUGUUGCUCCUGAGCCAAAGAAACAAACACAGGUUGCCAGGGUGCCACCAAAGGAAUCUGUAAAUGUUGACAGCGCUGCCCAACUCUUCUCUCAGCUAUGACGGACCAGGAGAGAAGGACUUUGACUGAGGGAUCUACUUCUCUGUGCUCAUGUUCAGUUGUUGAAAUAAAGUCUCAGAGCAGCUGCAGAAAUACAUCUCAUGCCGAAACACAGACUGCAGAAGAGUGUAGAACGAGAAGAGGCUGCGGUCGUGGCAUGAUGGUAAAAUGUUUGUGUGUAAUUUAAGCACCCUGUAUAUUGUGUGCAGAGAAAUGUUAUCACUUUUGUCACAGUUGUGAUGUUGUUUCAGGAAGAUAGGAUAUUUCGUUUGUUCUUAUCUUUAGUGUGGAACUAAACAUUAUUUUCAUUAUUAAUUGAUGUGCUUUUUAUCUUCUUGAUUAAUUGGUUAUUAUUGUUAUUUUCUUUAUGAAAUAUCAGAAAAUAGUAAAAAAAAAAAUGCGAAUGUUUUGCUUGAAAUGUAGCAAAAAAAAAGAUGAAUAAAUUAAGGAAAUAGUUGCCAAGUAUUAUCUUCUUGAGUCUGUAUGUAGUGAAAAGUAAUUUAUAAAGGUUAUUUUAACC